AUGAUGAACUCCAAUCGGGAAGACGAGGAGCUCGAGCUCCCUGCGUUUGAUUACUAUGAGGAACUCCGCCACAAUACGUCCAUUCCGUUUCGAGUCCAAGAUGGGUCCAGCAUUGUGAGCAUCCCCGCAGAGUUCACUCAACUCGCCAACCACAACCUUACGUCUAUUCGUCUGGCCCAUAUCGCAAGCAUGCUAGCAGUGACCAACCCACUCUAUUGGCGCAUUGACCCAAUUUGGCACAAUGUGCAGGCAGCUGGAGUUCUUGCCCUAAAACACUUGAAUGAACGAAGCGGACGUGUCAUACCAGAGCUACCCCAGAGAAUGGAAUCUUGCCCGGACCUGUUCUUUACCAUGGAUCCAUAUGAUUCUAUAUUCAGUCCAAUUCACGCAGCAGGACAGUUCGCGCUUUCCAUUGUCAACCGGAAACACUCCCUCCAAACCCCACUUCCCAUCGCCCUGUCUGGUGCGACUAGGAGUGAGGUAUCCGAAACGUUGGCAACACUCUCCGGGGUAUUGGGAAUCCCCCAAGUAUCGCCUAUUUCUACCUCGGAAUCACUGGAUCAUAAAGAAAUGUUUCCUUUCUUUUGUCGAACUACAUCCACCAAUGACGCCAUAGCACGAGGAUUGGCGGCCCUGAUCCAUAGCUGGGGUACGGAACAUCCACACGUGGCAGUCCUCUAUGCCCGCAACACAGUAGGGAUUUCUCAUCACAAGUACUUUUCAAAUGCAGGAAGGAAUAUGGGGAUUCACAUCUUGGGAGCACCCUACGAAGUGGGCAAUCAAAAGUCGUUGGAUGAUGCCAUUCAACGAGUGAUUGAUUCUGGAUAUCGAUACAUCUCCUUGGCUCCAGAGUUGGGUGGAUUUGCUGCCACGGCACAACGGGCCUAUGAGUUGGGCUUGGGAAGAGCAAAUGACUAUGUCUUUGUGUUAUCCGAAACCAAUGUGGAAGUUAUUACAGCAGGUUAUGCACUUCCCAAUGCGUCUCAUUAUGGUGCUGCUUCCAUACUCAAUGGAUCAGUGAUCAUACUACCUUCCCCCCCUCCCACUCUAGCCUAUCAAGAAGCCAUGCAGGAGGAGUUCUUGGAUAGCACACAUGUCAUGGAGUACUAUACCCAAAAACAUCCAGCCAAGCAACUAUUUCUGAAGGAAGCGUUUGUGUUUGAUCCCAUUCUGGAUGCAAAGCGAUCUAACUUUGCCGGUGGAAUGCAGUCUUCUCAGUAUGACGUAAUUAUGACAUUGGGAAUGGCUGCCUGUCAAAUGGAAGAUCCAUUCUUUACUGGGCCCCAACUCUUUGAGGCCAUUCGAAACACAUCCUUUCAUGGACUCACAGGGACAAUCCGAUUCCAAGAGGAUACAUGCUCGCGAGACCCGACAACAGUGCACUACUUAGCCUACAAUUUUGUGGCAAAGCCCCUUGAUGAGAAUGGCUUGUAUUGGUUCGAUACCAAUACCCAUGCCAAUGUGCUCCUGGAGUCGAAUGUGAGUUCAUUUGGAGAGGUCCAGGAGAGGAUUGAGGUAUUGCAGAACUACACGUACCGAGAUGGCACCAGCAUGCCUCCACCCAGUAUUCCACCAGUGGAAUUGGAUAUGAAUCACAUUAGCCUGGGAGCUCAAAUCCUCGGCUUGGUCUUGGCUUUUUUGGUCAUGAUCCUUGCUGUUGCACUGGCGACUUGGUCCUUGGUUCACCGAAAGACACGCGUUGUCAGACAGAAACAGCCAUUGUUUCUUGUCAUGUGCUGCGUUGGGGCCAUUCACAUGGCCGGCUCCAUCAUUCCUCUCAGUCUCCAGGAACCCACGGAGCAUCUUGAUGCUGCCUGCAUGUCAACUCUGUGGUUGGCGUCCAUGGGAUUUUCCACUGCAUUUGCAGCCUUGUCAUCCAAAACAUGGCGCGUCAACACGAUUUUCCAGCAUGCGCAGCGAUUCCGUCGGAUACAAGUGACGCAUCGUGAUGUUUCGCUUCCAGUCGUUGUGAUUUUGAUGAUCAACCUGUCCCUUCUCUGUGCCAUGCAGGCGGUGGCUCCACUUGUUUGGAAGCGUGUCCUGGUGGACAACAAUUACGACAUUUACGAUCGACCCAAGGAAUCUUACGGGACCUGUGCUCCGUCUAGUUCCACCACUCGAUGGCUGUUGGGUGCAAUCUUUUUUCUCAACUUUGGUGCUGUGCUGCUUUCCAACAUUCAAGUGUAUCUCUCACGAAAUUUGCCCCACAACCUGAGUGAAUCCAAGGAAGUUGCCUUCUCCAUGUUGAUGCUGUUGGAAGCCUGCUUGGUGGGCAUUCCUGUGUUGGUACUCGUCCACGAUAUCCCAAAUGUACGGUUCAUUGUGACGAGUUGUUUGCUUUUUGUGGUGUGUUUGGGUAUUUUGGUCCCGCAAUUACCCAUUCAGAAAGCUCCAGGUCGUAGCCUCAGGGCUAGUAGUCAUGUGGAACCAACCACGAGAAAGCUGUCGUCGUUGCCACCGCCGCCAUCAGGACACGGCGACGGAACAACAUUGGAUCAUACGUCAAUGUCAUUCAGCGGUCGAGUGGUCAGGGACGAAGGAUUAGUUGCUCACGUCAGAUACCGCCAAAUCGAGCAAGAAAAAGUGCCAGAAUUCCACGAGGAUGAUGAUGAUGGCGGCGGCGACGACGACGACGACGGAAUCAGUGUAUAG